CUAGUAGACACACUCCUUCACUCAGUCACUCUGCCCUUGGCUCCUACAAGCAUCCACCACUGCAACAUUUGCUGCCUUGCAGGCCCUCCUCCUCUCGCUCACGAUGACCCGCAUCCUCAGCUUGAGCGUCCUCCUCCUCCUCGUGCUGCUGUCCCUCUCCUGCCCGGCUCGCGCCGAACCUCGACAGGCCACGUCCUCUCACCGCAGAGCGGCUCGCGCGCCGACCGCCAAGGUGCGUUUGGCAGGCAGCUACACGCGCGAGCCGCACGAAGGGCGCGUGGAGGUGCUGCACAACAACACCUGGGGGACCGUCUGCGACGACGAGGUGGACAUCAAGCUGGCAAACGUGGUGUGCAGAGAGCUGGGUUUCCAGAACGGCAUAACGUGGGCUCACAGCGCUAAGUAUGGAGAAGGAACAGGCCCAAUAUGGAUGGAUAACGUACGCUGUGACGGCUCAGAGAGGUCCCUGAAGGACUGCAAACACAACGGCUGGGGGGUGAACGACUGUAAGCACUCUGAAGACUUGGGGGUCGUGUGCGCUGCUGAGCGUAGAACCAGUCAGCCAGCCAGCAGAAGCCACACCACUGCCGCCAGGCCGCACGGCAACACCGCUCCUCAGUGGCAGGCCCCUGUGGUCACCCGCCGGCAGACGGCAUAUGGAUAUUAUGGAAACGGACAUCCAUAUGAGUUCACCAGAUUACAAAGACCCCAACACUACCAGGGUCAGGGCAAGGUGCGAAUUGAGGAGGUCCGCCUGCGUCCCAUCCUCAUGGCUACCAAGAGGAAGAGCCUCGUCACGGAGGGCGUGGUGGAGGUGAAGCAUGCCGGGAGAUGGAGACAAGUUUGUGACCUGGGAUGGAGCCUCAACAGCAGCCGGGUUGUGUGCGGGAUGCUUGGUUUUCCAGAGGCCACUCAGCACAGCGCACACACAUACAAGAAAAUCUGGGACACCAAGGUUGCAGAUCCCUCAACAAGACUGAGUGCCAUGGCGAAAAAGAAGGGAUUCUGGGUAGAAAAAGUUAACUGUAUGGGCACUGAGAACAGCCUGUCCGAGUGCCAUGCUCAGCUGUCCAUCCCUCGUAGUCCUUCACCCUGUAAGAGCGGAAGACAUGCGGUAGUCAAGUGUGUGCCAGGACCUCAGUUUGCUCGCAUGUCCUCAGGAAGACCCCAGGCCCCUCAUCCAGUUGUGCCUGUGCGUCUGAAGGCAGGCCCCAGACUGGGCGAGGGUCGUGUGGAGGUGCUCCGAGAUGGAAAAUGGGGAACCGUCGUGGACCACAUGUGGGACAGGACUGCGGCCACUGUGGUGUGCAGAGAACUGGGCUUCGGCACCGCCAAGGACGCCCUGCACGGAGCCUUUAUGGGUCAAGGUACAGGACCUAUCCAUAUGAACAGUGUUCAGUGUAUGGGGUCAGAGCGCUCAAUUCUGGACUGCUACUUCCAAGAAGUUCAACCGUGGACAUUCAAACACAGCCAGGAUGCGUCAGUACGCUGCAACGUCCCAAAGACUGGCAUAGAGAACACGGUGCGGCUCGCUGGUGGUAGAGUCCCAUCAGAGGGCCGUGUGGAGGUUUUGAUGGAGGUUGGGGGUCGUAAGCGCUGGGGCUCCGUUUGUAGUGAGAACUGGGGCAUCAACGAGGCCAUGGUGGUAUGCAGGCAGCUUGGCCUGGGCUUCGCGGCCAGUGCUCAUCAGGAGACCUGGUACUGGUCUGGUGACCCAAAUGCGGGUGAUGUGAUCCUCACUGGAGCUCACUGCGUGGGCACGGAGCUCUCAAUUCAACAGUGUCGUCGCAACAACCAUAUCCACUGUCCUCGUGGAGGUGGAACCAAGGCUGCUGGAGUCAGCUGUUCAGACACUGCACCUGAUCUUGUUCUGGAUGCCCAGCUGGUCCAGGAGACGGCCUACCUGGAAGACCGACCCCUCCACCUGCUGACUUGUGCCAAUGAGGAGAACUGUCUGUCGUCAUCAGCCGCCAGGAUGAACUGGCCCUACGGCCACCGCCGCCUGCUGCGCUUCUCCUCUCGCAUCAUGAACCUGGGUCGGUCCGAUUUCAGACCCAAGGCAACAAAAGAGAGCUGGACAUGGCACCAGUGUCACAGGCACUACCACAGCAUUGAGGUGUUCACGCAUUACGACCUGCUGACUCUGAACGGCACAAGGGUUGCGGAGGGACACAAGGCCAGUUUCUGUCUGGAGGACACAUAUUGCCCUGAUGGACUCCAGAAGCGGUUCUCCUGCUACAAUAUGGGCGACCAGGGCAUUUCCGUGGGCUGCUGGGACACAUACCGCCAUGAUAUCGACUGUCAGUGGGUGGACGUGACGGACGUGCGGCCAGGAGACUACAUCUUUCAGGUGGAAGUCAACCCCUCGAUGGACAUGGCUGAGUCUGACUUUAUGAACAACGUCAUGAGGUGUCGGUGCAAAUACGACGGCCACCGAGCGUACAUGUAUGGGUGUCACGCAGGCGACGCCUACAGUGCAGAGACUGAAGACCUGUUCGAGCACCAGCGGCAAAUCACCAACAACUUUGUGUAGCCCUUCCCGGGGUCCAGCAUGAAGGCCUUCCACUGGGGCCCAGAGACUACUCAGGGUGGGCUGAGGUCUAAGGCCCCGGGACCUUUGGACCUUUGGACUCACAGUAACAGAGAAAAUGGCGCCUGCUCAUCUCCUUGGCAGAUGUGGAUAAAAUAUUCAAAAAGCACAUCAUAUCACUGCAGCGACCUUUUCAGAGACUCCAUUCUCAACUCAAACAGCCAUUGACAACAAGAGUGGAACAGGUGCCAUAUGGUUCAACAAGUUGUUGUUUUUCUAACUCUAAUUAAUACGAUUUUUGAUAUGACUAUAGAUAUACUGAUCUUUGUGAAUGUGGACUACUAGUAACUUAUAAUAGUUAAAACAUAUAGCCUUAAAAGACCGUAAUGUCAGGGAAACCGGUGCUGUUUGGAAAUCGUAGAACCAAUCUGAGAAAAAUGUCCCCAAAUUAUCGAUAGAAACUGAUGAGAGGAUCAUUUGUGAUAGUUGUGCUUAAAUAUUGGUGCUCUUUAACAAUACUGUAUGUCGAUUAUAUUAACCUCACCUCAUGUUUCAAGUGUUUAACCGAGUUUAACGCGGUGUAGCUUCGGGUAGUUUUCUCUUGCAGCCAACGAUAAUUUUAUGAAAGUGUAGCUGUGCUUCUCAUCUACCACAGAUAAGAAGAGGUCAAAUUGCUUUUAUGGAACGAAGCACUUUAUCUUUUGAACAUCAGUAUUCUUGAUUUUCCCACCGUUUCUUUUUUAAUUAGCCUCCAAAUUGACAAUUCAGGGUGUUUAUCAAAAAAUUACCUUAUUGUGUUUUACCUUUCCGAUUUCUGUAAUCUGUGUUUAGUUUUCAUAUUCAUUGUGCUAUUUAUGCUGUACUUUAUUACUUUAUUUAUUCAAGGAAUUCACACUUACAAGGCAGUAGAGAGUUUAACUAUUUUUUUUUUUUUUCCUGAGAUAACUAACCAGGGAGAAAAUAUGCAGAAGCUACAGGACGUAGAGUUAGAACAACCCCAUGAUGCAGAUGAAUAAUUGUUGAUUUUAUUUUAGUUAUUAAAACAACUGUAACUGUACGGUUUUCUCUGCCAGCGUCUCUGAUGGGAGGCAACUGACUGGUCUGACAGAAAACCACAGUAUUGUGGUAGGCAGGCAGGGUUUUGAGAGCAUAUAAAAAGCCUUUUAAUUACGUCUGUUUGGUUAGACUUAAGGUUACGGUUAAGAUUCGGGCCAUAGCAUGUGCUUUAUAAAGAAACGAUGGAAUUGUUACUAAUCAGGGAAAGGGCAAGAAUCUGGAUUUCAGCCUCUACAAACACUAUAAGGGAGAUCUUCAGAAGGAGGCCAGCCAGGACGACAGUGAUUGGAAGAAAGAAUGAGGAAGUAAAAGAAGGACCGAAGGGACGGAUAAAGUUUGGAUGAAAACGUACGCAGACGCACAGUUUUUACUACCAAAGCUGUCUGUUUGGAGGGAGCCUCGCAGAGACCACAAGUUGGCAUUUUCAGCUCCCCAACGAGAACAACAUGUUUGUCUGGGAGAAAAAUAAACUCUACUAUUCACACUUUAACACAGUAAACAGUGGCCUUAUUUUGGCUUAAGCUAGGUCUGCUAACAUAUACUCUAUCCCUCUACGCUCUGCUGAAUAAGCAGCACCUAGCACGCCAAACAACGAAACAACGUUGUGUUCUUUAUGGCACGGGGACACGUGUUAACGAUGUUUCUUUACACAUGAACGUGUUUGAUGUGCCUGCCUUACUGUCUGGCGGUUAAACAUGUUAAGACGGUUUUCUAAUGGACAGUUUCCAGGACAUGUUGUGGAAGGGAGACGUCACUCGUAAAGGACAACUGUAAACUAAUUUAAUUUGUUUAGCAGACGCUCUAAAUCCUCACCACAGAGCAAACAAAGAAGGCAUUGAAACAUUCCCUCGCUUCAUUGAAUAACCUUUUAUAACCAUGCACACCUGGCCAAUCUCAGUCAGCCUUAUUACUAGUAACUGUAUCAGGUAGGAUUAGUGCUAAAAUGUGUGCUUUUCUGUUGUUUUGUGCUUGUGUACAGUUGGCGUUUGACAUAUUCCUAUGGUCUGUUAUGUGUGUUAUUUAAAAAUGAUAUGCCAUUCCAUAGCUUAAGUGGGUUCAUAUUCAUCAUUUUACUGUAUUAGUGUUCAUGCUCUAAGCACAGAGCAUACAGCACAGGGAUAACAUUUGCUAUGGCCAGUUGUGCUUUAAUUUUGCUGAGAGUGUGAUCCAUGUGGAGCUGAUCUACAGUCAUGUUCACAGAAAGCUGUGCUCUCAGGGACUUUGACCUCAUCUAAAGAGUAAAAAUAAACAUUUCAUAUGAUGUGAUUUAGUUUCCUUUUAGCUGUGAUAUAUUCGUGAUGACAACAAAUGUACUGGAGCGGUCUGUCAGUGCCCAUACGAGAAAGAAAAAAAAGAAAAAAAAUCUGUACCCACAUGUUUAUUUUGCAGGUAAAAAAUGUAAGGUAUGAAGGCGAUAAGCUUUGUUACGUUUGUCUUUUUUUUUUUUUUUUCCUUGGGGAAAGUUAGGAUAGCUGCAGAAAGACACUGGCUGAGUCAGAGGCAAGUUUCAGUUAAGCAACAAAUCACUAUCCAUUCAUUCAUCAUUACUGUGAAUCAAUAAAACUUCAUCACACACUAA